CUGUGUAAGGAGCGCAACCAUGUCUGGCAGAGGCAAGGGCGGGAAGGGGCUCGGCAAGGGGGGCGCCAAGCGGCACCGCAAGGUGCUGCGCGACAACAUCCAGGGCAUCACCAAGCCGGCCAUCCGCCGCCUGGCUCGGCGCGGCGGCGUGAAGCGCAUCUCGGGGCUCAUCUACGAGGAGACGCGCGGCGUGCUGAAGGUCUUCCUGGAGAACGUGAUCCGCGACGCCGUCACCUACACGGAGCACGCCAAGAGGAAGACGGUCACGGCCAUGGACGUGGUCUACGCCCUCAAGCGCCAGGGACGCACCCUCUACGGCUUCGGCGGCUAAACUCGAUUCCUGGGAUAGCUCACGCUUUUAGAACACAAAGGCUCUUUUCAGAGCCACCCACAAAUUUCACAACAAGAGCUGAUUGUUACUGAUAAAACUUGCGCAUUAACAUGAAAGUUAAUGGCACAAACUUUUGUAUUUCAUACAGCUCAUGUUAUUUGCUGUUGGAACAAUUUAAUUAAGCUAGGAAUCUCCCGCCCCCCCCCCCCCCCCCCCAGUUGCAAUUACAGCUCUUUUUAGAGAAGUGUGGGGGCUCUUAAAAGAGCCUUUGGGUUAUAGAUUAAAACCGUUCUACUUUUA